AUGACACAAGGUCGUAAUCUAUCCAUCGCUCGACUCUUUUACAUUCUGACGGCUUUCACCAAUACAUUUACACAUAUGUGUCUUUAUUGUGUGGUAGGCGAAUUUUUAGUUAUUCAAUGUGAUGGGAUUUAUGAGGCUGUUUAUCAUUACAAAUGGUAUGACCUAAAACCGAAGCAAGCUAAAAAUCUAUUAAUUAUAAUGAUGUUGGCCAAUAGACCACUGCAUCUUACUGCAGGAAAACUUUUUCCUAUGACGAUGGCUACAUUUUGCAAUUUGUUAAAAACUUCUGGUGGUUACAUAUCGGUUUUGCUGGCACAUCGUAAUUGAACUAAAAACAUUUAUAAAAUAUUAAGUAUAAAACAAAUUGUGAGACAAUGUUAUUAUAUUGAUAAGAAUAAUUUACAUAGUAAAAUUGUAACUAUACAAUGUUUCUUAUUGUAACAAUAAACUUUAUUAUAAAUCAAAUCCAUAUUCUAAUUUUUCUAUACUGAUGUUAUUUGAUUAUAUAUUUAACUAGAAGAAAUUGAGUCUCGUCUAAAUCAUAAAUAGCUGAAUAGUGUUUUGUGAACCGACACGGAUGAU